UAGUAACUCUUUCCAUACAUUCCCUGUAGCCUCGUUGUGCGUGGUAUAUUGGAAAAUGGAAGAAACAGUACCAGAGGAUACUUUACAGAGCCCAUGCCCAAAAUUAAAGAUGGAUGAAAAAUUGCCAGAGGAUCAUUUGAAGAGCGUAUCAUCCCCCAAAAUUGAGGAGAAAAUGCCAGAGGACAGUUUGCAGAGUCCAUCAUCAUCAAAGAUGGUUGAAAUGCCAGAGGGUACUUCGCCCACCCCACCUACCUCUCAAGGUGAAAGUUCAGUUGCAAAUCUCACAGUUGAACAAAGUGCGCCAAAGAAAGAAGUUUCACAGAUGUUAUUGGCUCCUAAAGAUCAAGAGAUUGCGAUGGAUGUCACAAAUCAAAUGGAGAGCCUAAACUUUGAGCCUGGUCAAUUGGACGCUUCAGCACAACUCACUCAGACAGAAAAAUGUCAAGACAAAGAAAUACAGAUGACAGGAGAUCAACCAUCAACCGCCAUUUUAACUGAAGAACAGAACUCUGAGGACUCAGACGAAGAUUCAGACAGUGACAGUUCCUCUUCCUCCUCCUCUUCUUCCUCAUCUUCCUCUUCUUCCUCAUCUCCAUCUGUCCGAAUGCUGGAGGAAGACGAUGAUGAAGGCUUCAGUCAACCUGCCCCCAUCAGAAUACAAGGAGAGGUCCUGCUUGAGGAGUUGCCUGAGGUGGAGGUUGUGAGUGUGACUUUACCUGAGGAUGCUGAGCUGCAGCCUGUGGGAGCUGUCUCCAAUAUUCUAAAUUGUCUCGUUGUGGUGCAGUCGCUCAAAGACACUCCUCCUCUGAAAGAAGACAGCAUCCUCUUCACAUCUGAAAGAGUCUCUGUGGGAAAGGUGUUUGAAGUGUUUGGCCCUGUGUGCAGUCCAUUUUAUCUCCUGAGGUUUAAUUCUGACCAGCAGAUUCACGACAGAGACAUCACUGUGGGGCUCACUCUGUUCUAUGCCCCAAAUAUAAAGGAAUACACAGACUACAUCCUCACUCAACAGCUCAAACAGGAAAAGGGAUCUGACGCAUCCUGGAAAAAUGAUGCGGAACCACCUGUAGAGGCUUUGGAUUACAGCGAUGACGAAAAAGAGCAAGAAGCCAAAAAGAAAGGAAGAAAGAAGAGGAACCACAGCAGCAUAGACAACUGCACUGCUCAGAACAACCAGAAUCCGCACCAACAUCAGCCCGAUACCAGGACUUUCCCUCCCAGACACCAGCGUCCUCCCUUCAGGCACCAGAACCAGAGGAACCCUGCUUUUCGCCCGUCCAGACCCCCUCCACCUUCUCCUCACCAUCACCGCCCCCCUCCUCCUCCUCCAGGACAGCCCCAUGGACCCCCCAUGUACCCGCCCCCUCCCUGCCCCUAUCCCCCUCACCACCCACCCCCAAACUUCCACAUGUACCCCCCUCCUCCCGCCUUCUUCAACCCGGCCUUCGCUGCACCCUUCUGGCCACCGAACGCCAUGUCCUACCUGGAUCUCCCCCCGCCCCCACCUCCCCCUCCUCCACCACAGUGAAUGUAGUUACUUCUUACUUAAAGGUGCACUAUGUAAUUUUUUUUUUUGCCACCUGCUUCUCUCCGUGGGGAUGUCAUUAUUUUUGCCUAGAAUAUUCCUACAUUUUGGCAUUUGUCAUGUGUAUCUUGCAUUUACACAAAUACAGGUGUUUUCAUUGCAGAAAUAUAUUCUUGUAGUCUUAUUGUGAGUGGACUCGCCUCCCCAUAGAGCUGAUCUGCAACUUGGAUUGUUUAUUAGGGUUAGGGUCAUUGUUGCUUGUUUGUUUCAUUUAUGAUAAGUUUAUUGCCCUACUGUUGAGCAUUCUAAGCAAAUCUAUAACACCUCCACGGACACAAGCAGGUGGUGGUCCUUUACCAGAAAAGACACAGUGCAUUUUUAAGUCGUAUUCUGUAAUUGGUGCUAAGCAAAACAAAAAGAAAAAAAAAUGCAGAUUGACUGUUUUAAGUUGGGCAAUCUCAUAUUCUUUAGGGCUGCAAGAUUAAUUGCAAUUUGGAUGGCUGCAUUUAGCAUUUGCAGUUUUUGACAUACCAUAAUUUCACCCACGAACUAAAAAAGAUUUGUUCUUUUAUAUAAAAACUGCUAACCCUGUAGUUUAGAUCUGUCCAAAAAUGAAAUGCAAUAUUUUUCCCAAAUCAUUUAGCCCUAAUAUUCACUGACAUUGACUAUACUCUGUAAAUAGUUUUGAAGGCAGACAAAAAUGUAAAUACAAAGAAACCAAUCAAAUGCCAGAUGACUGAACCAUGAGAUCAAAAUUGCAUAUGGUCCUAUUUUCCUAAGAAAAUGAGAUAAAGUAACAUUUUUGCACUUUAUUUUAUAGUAAUUUUCAACAACAAUAACAGCAUCCGGCGCACAAUUCUAGUAAAAAUAUUUAUAUAGAAUGCAGGAGACUUGUUUUAGCUCUUCUUUCUCCGCAAGCUUGUGUGGAAAAAAACAAAAACAUAUUUACAUAGACAUUUCUGAUGGACUGAAAAAGGGUUUAUUUGUUUCAAGCUAAACAAAAUUGCAAUGGCCAUUUUUAUAACCAGUGAAUGAAUUGUUAUCCUUUUGUUUAGACAUUUUUAAGUCAUUUUAAAAGGUAAAACUUUUAUGAAAAUGUUGACAGUUCUAGCUUACUUUUCCUCUACAAUCUUAGUAUUCUAGACCCGCUGUAUGGAGAGGUUAAUCAGACGGGAAGUAUUGUACAAAUAUGAGUUAUACCACUCAGUUUUGCUUAAUGUUCAUGUUUUUCUACAUUUUUUGAGUACUGUACUAAAUUUUGUUUUAUAGCAAUCUUGUUUCACUGAUGCCUAAAGAAAAUAAUUAUACUUUUUUUUAAGCUACUGUGAGCACCUUAUAAACUUGAUCACUCACAUUUUCACAACUGCCUCUUAGAAUGGGGCUAAGUAGUAAACUAUGUGCAUUUUAGGCACAUCAUUGUACAAAAUAUAUAAUGUAUGUUAUGUACACCUCCACUAAUAUUGGCAUCAUUGGGGAAUCAAAAAACAUCACCAAAAAUAAUGUUGCCAGCCUUAUGAAUAGUUUAAUAUAUUUUAGAGUAUAUUCUAGGCAACUGCUUAUGGAUCACGACCUGGAACUAUUAUCAUGCCAAUAAUUGCAUGUUUUUUUCCUGUAUGGAUUUUUUGGGCCAUUGUCGACAUCCGAUGUUGGUCAUGCUAUUGUGACAGAUAUCUGAUAUUCACCAGUCCUGAUAAAAAAUGAUAACAAAAUGUUUUUAUUUGAGAUAUGAACUCAUUUGUAACAUGACUUCAUUUAUAUUUUAGCAUAAUGUCUCUUCUAUUUCCAUUAGCACUCAUUAAUCUGUUAAAAAAUAAUAAUAUGCAGUGUGGACAAACUGGGAAUGACAUAUGGCAUAAAAAAUAUUGGUACCAAAUUAUCAGCAAAAGUUUAUUUGUCUUAUACCAAUAUCUGGGGAAACUGAUAUCACUGAUAACCAAUAAACUGUCUCUAUUUUGAAACAUGAUAGUUUAGUCCUGGUUAAAUCUUGGUUAAGCCCCGGUUAAAUCCUGGUUUACUUCCAGUUUAAUCCUUGAAUCACUGCUGAAGAACUGCUACAAUCAGAAAUGCCAAUUUUAGUGGAGCUCAUUGUUUAUUUUUUGUUUAUUGUGACUUCUAGUGUCAUUAAUAUGAUUUGUCAUAUUGUUUUGUACUAAUGAAAAAGACUAUAUACUUGUACAGCACAAAAUAAAUGUCUAACAAGAGUUGAACCGCA